AUGGGCAAUUCGUCAUCCAAGCCCAACAAGCCAGCCUCUGCACCACCCGCCCGGCCCCACCCAAAUCCAGCGGCCGCGGCUCCCGUCGGACCCGACGUAGUCAAGGAGAAGGACAUGCCCCAAGUGCGCGCCCUUUACGAAAAAGUACACAAGGCCGCCAUCGACGGACUUCGGCGCAAGGAGCCCACGCUCCGACACUGGCCCGACUCCGCGAUCCCCGUCGACCGCGGCCCGGAGCUCCGCGAAGAAAUCGACGAGGUCCUCUCCAAGAUGAGCAGCGAACUGCAGUCGCUCUGCUCUCAGGGCGUGUGCAGGUCUCCCCAGACGCUCAAGGCGGCGAUCCACUCGGAGGCGGACCACGUUCAAGGAAACGACGCGCUGGCCGUGUACGUCGUCGACAAGGUGCGCCAGCCGCUGCGGUCCGACUACGGCUCCAAGCUACUGCACCUCACGGCGGGCGCGAUGCGGCCCCAUGCGCCGCCGGGUCCGUCGAACCAGAAGCUAAAGGGGGACGAGGCGGCGGCGGAUAUCCUGAAGAAUCAACAAAAGUACGUAAGCGCGGUCCUCGCGGCGUACGAUAAGGCGGUAAAGGACACGGGCUUCAAGACGGAUACGCAGCUUGGCGCGCGGGCGGACCAUGUCAGUUAUCGAUAA